GGGCGGGGCAGGAUCUGUCUUAUAAACCUUACACGUCGAAACUGUUGCCCGUCACUCAGAGUUUCUCCUCUGCUCAUAUCACCAACACGAUGUCUCCAGAUUUACUGAACGUGGCUUUGCUGUUAUCGCUGGGUGUGUGCCUCGCUGUGGGCGCUGCUGUCAGGGAGGACACCCUGGAAGUCGUGGUCUCUACGGGGGGAGAUUCUAUCCUUCCGUGCACCGCCAAUCACAAGCCCGGUGUCCAGUACCUUGCAGUGAGAUGGUACAAGGUUGCAGAGAACCCGUCGUCUCCUGUCAACGGCCUUUUAACCAGAGACCUGCCAAACGGUACCACGAGAUGGUACUCCAGCGUGAAGAAAGAGGUGGUACUGGUGGAAGAUUCCCACAGUAUCCUCGUGCCCAAUGCAACUUGCAGCGACACUGGCCUGUACAGGUGUCACCUGGCAGCACCUGUAGGAGAGCAGAAUCAGGAUGGCUAUGUUCGCCUCCAGUUGACAGAUUGUCCUGCUGGUCCCACAGAAAUGCUGGAUACAGAUGAUUACCUCAUUAUUUUUGCCUCAGUAGUGAUAAUGAUAGCACUUCUGCUAUCCUUCAUAAGCUAUGUUUGUUUAACGAAGAGCAUCAGAGAAAGAAACAAACAACAACAGCAGCAACAAUCAACAAAAAAACAAAUUUUACUGAACGCAAAGCCCAAACCCCUGGAACCGAAAGACUUGAAGUUGAUUUACACUUUGGGUCCAAAACCAUCUACAAAGAGCAUCCUCUGUGUUUAAAGAUGAAGACGAAUGUUAGGCAGAAGAGUGGAAUGUAACUCUAAAGGGAAAAAUGACAAAUGUGGGAUCUUCACAGAUGUCACUUCACUGGAGAAACUGGUGUCCUGACUCAAUAGACAGAGCUGGUCUUGGAAUCAGUAGUAGGUGGUCAGACUUGAGCUCCAAAGAGAGCAAGACAGUAAGACAGUGAGUCUGGCACUGACCAAAUAUUCACAUUUAUUUGUUUUAAUAGGUGAUGUCGCGUUAACUGCGCCCCAUAGAUUUGUAGGUCAAACGCUCAUAUGAGACAUAGUAAAAGUCUGUAAGCAGACAGACACACAAACACUGUGUUGUUGACUCAGGAAAGCCACAGAUGGAGCCAAGAAGUUUUACAGUUGUUAAUUUUGUAUAGCUGUAUUGUGCAAGAUGUGUCUGAGUGUUAGGAGUAAAAAAGCACUGAUAGUCUGCUGUGUACGAGUAUGAACACACUGGCGGAUGUCAUACCAUAGUAAGAGGGUCUGUGAUUUAAUGUUUACACAGCGAAUGUAAUUUCAGUCUUACAGGGUUAGUGUAUCCAGAUAAAGGGUGACUGAAAACUACCUGCUUGAAAUGAGCCAUUACAGAAUCCAGCUUUAACUGCACUGUUUCUGGAAUCUGUUUUUUAUGUUCUCGUAUUUUCUUCUUUUUUAUUCAGUAGAAUUCUGUUCAGUCUAUUCACGUAUAUUGUAUAUUUUAUUUUCAAAAAGAAAUGUUUAGAAUAUUAUUCUUAGAAAGCACCCAUUUAUAGAUGACCUAACAAAAAAAGAAGAAAAAAAAACUUAGACCUUUAUCACAUGAAACAAAAGUGGCCUUUUAAAACAAGAAGUGAAACAUGAUGAUGUGUAGGAACACCCACGAUGUUUGCAUUUUGUGUGACAUUUGUUUUGGGGAAAGUCCUGAGAGCGGGUCAGUGGAGUCUGGGUUUAUUUUAAAUGGUGCACUUCUCUUUUUUUAUGUCUGCAUUUAGACCUUCAGCUAUUACUCUUAACAAGUUUAGCUACAGACAAAAAAUAAAUAAGAUAAAUAUAAGACAUUUAGAUGGCAGGAGGUAUCAUUCAUAAGCUAUUAUGUUUUUGUUUUUGUUCUACAGCAAGUGUAUUUCCAACUCUGAUAUCAUAGAGAAACAAUAACACUGAUAUUCUGCAUUCACUGUAACUGUUACUAUCUCACUUAACUUAAGGUGCAUUGCUAAUGGUUGUGUGUUUUGCUUCUCAUAAUUCUAUUUUGUUGCAGUAUUAAUAACACUAUAUACACACAGCUGUAAUACCAAUGAUUGCAUGAAUGUUAUCUGUGGAUUAAAUAAAUACAUUUUUGAGCAUGGAA